AUAACACACAUUGCUCCAUGUUGUGUUUUGUGUCCACUCUUCUUUCUCUCUUUGCUAGCUACCUUUCUAAGAAAGUGUGGAAGAAAAAUAUGGGUGCACUUUAUUACUUGAUCUCCAAUUUUUGCACACCUAGCACAAAAUCCAAACGCAAACCAAUGCAGACAGUUGAGAUCAAAGUCAAAAUGGAUUGUGAUGGGUGUGAAAGAAGAGUCAGAAAUGCAGUGGCUACAAUGAAAGGAGUAAAAUCUGUGGAGAUAAACCGAAAGCAAAGCAAGGUAACAGUGAAUGGUUUUGUUGAUCCAAACAUGGUGUUGAAAAGAGUAAGAAGCACUGGGAAGAAAAGAGCUGAAUUUUGGCCUUAUGUUCCACAACAUGUUGUGACGUUUCCUCAUGCCUCAGGAGUCUAUGAUAAAAGGGCACCAGCAGGACAUGUGAAAAAUGUGCAAACAUUUCCAGCAUCUAUUGAUACAGAAGAGAAACUUAUGUCUUAUUUUAGUGAAGAUAAUGUUAAUGCAUGCUCCAUCAUGUAACCAAUAUAUAUCACAUGAAUAACUCCUAUAAAAAUUUGAAUUAAUACGAAAACAUGUUCUUUAAUUUUGUUGCUUAGUAUUCGAG